CUUUUUCGUGACAUACUUUAGCCACGCUUAUUUGCAGAGAAGAGUCAGAGGUUGGAAUUGCGACAUGGCAGAAAGCUCUCUCAAGAACGAAUGUUGUCAGGAUAUUUUAGAAAGGAUGCAAACAGUAGAGAUCAAUUCAGAUCCUGCACCAAUGGUUGUGAAGAAUGCUGCCGCUGCUGCUUCCCUGCGUGUCAUUCCUGACAUUAAUAAGAAGAAGAAGAAACCGACAAUAGAAAUAUCUCCGGUUAGAGCUAGACUUUUAGACUAUUGGAAUAUGAGGCGCGUGGGGAAGCAUGCGAAGGCUGCAAGCAGUGAAAUUCCUGGCUCUGAUGGGAGGAAGGAUCUGAGGGCUAGUACUGAAAAACAUAUAGACCCUUGGCUUUUGAGGGUGACGGACCCAGAUUGUGUACCAGUGGCUGUGGAGAAGGAUGCAAGGAGUGAUAUUGCUGAGAUUGACGUGAAGAAGUACCUUGUCCCUAAGGAUGCACUUCUUGAAGAUUUUAUUGCUUAUGUUCGGAUGUGGAUCUUUCUAAAGAAAAAAAAAACCUAUAUUUGUCUUCUUCAAAAACACUGUACCUCCCACGGGUGCCUCUAUGGGUGCAAUUGAUGAGGAAAAUAUGGGUGAAGAUGGAUUUCUUCACAUGACCUACAGUGGGAAUGAUACCUUCAGCUACUGUGGGAAUGAUGUGACCUGUUGAUUAUUUAUAGUUUAUCCUCCUGAUCUUGAGAUCAAUGGGCUAGCUUAUUAUGGUGCUAUAAGUAUUUAUUUUUUUGACAUCGCAGGGGAUUUUCGUGUAUGGAGUGGAAAUAUUUGAAUGAUUUGCUAGUAAUGUU